AUGGAAAGCUCCACUCUCCAGACAAAGGAAGGUAAUUGGCAAACGGUUGUAUUCCCCAAGAAGAAAAAAUCCAAUCAAAAUAUAAAGGUGAUGCCCUUCAAUUCUGGAAAAUCUCUUGAUAAUGGCAAUACCACUACUACUACACACCCUAAAAUUAAUGGGAAAAAUCAGUCCGCUAAAAUGUACAUUACUACUGGCAAUAUACGGCCAGGAGACAGUGAUAGUUCUCCAAAACUCACACUUUCUAGCCCAAUUAGUGUCGGAAGGAAUGUACAUGGCAAUGAACAAUUACCUCAACCAUGUAUGGAUGAACAACAUUCUUCAUCCCCUUGCACCAUCGAUGAACCUAGAUCAAGUCCAAGCCAUGAGGCACCAAUGGAGCUUGCCACCUCACUUCAACCCUAUCCAAAACCACUCUGCCCAGCUGGAACUACCCUUCUUCCCCCGGGGGAAAUCUCAAACAUGAAUCCCAUAUUCAUGACAUGGUCCCUACCAAUGAACAACCCCCAAGCCCAGCCCAACCCCAACAUGCAAGCUCCUCCCUAUGCAAACCCUGUCCAACCAGAAAAUCCACCAAAUAUCCCACUCCAAAUGCCACAGGCUGCCCCACCACCAAUAGCAAACCUAGCUCCACCUGUUCAACUCCCUCCCAAUGCUCCAGAACCAGAAAAUGUCCUAAUGGAAGAGGAAGAGGAGAUAAAUCUACUAGGGUCCGGUCCAGUCCUAGAAUUUUCAAGCCUCAACGAGGUAAAAUGUUUCUCUUCAGAGAUCUCCUAG